GGGGCCUCGGGCGGCGGGAAGAGGCGGCGGGAGAAUGGAGGCGCGGGAGAGCGGCGGUGGAGCCGACGAGCGCGGGGCCCAGGACCCUGCCCCGGCCCCCAGCAGAGCCCUCGGCAGCGCCGGCCACUACGAGCUGCCGUGGGUUGAAAAAUACAGACCAGUAAAGUUGAAUGAAAUUGUCGGGAAUGAAGACACCGUGAGCAGGCUGGAGGUCUUUGCCAGAGAAGGGAACGUGCCCAAUAUCAUCAUUGCUGGCCCCCCAGGAACCGGCAAAACUACAAGCAUCCUGUGUCUGGCGCGAGCCCUGCUGGGCCCGGCACUCAAGGAUGCCGUUUUGGAGCUCAAUGCCUCAAACGACAGGGGCAUUGACGUUGUGAGGAACAAAAUCAAAAUGUUUGCCCAGCAGAAAGUCACCCUCCCCAAAGGCCGGCACAAGAUCAUCAUCCUGGACGAAGCGGACAGCAUGACUGAUGGAGCCCAGCAAGCCUUGAGGAGAACCAUGGAAAUCUACUCCAAAACGACUCGCUUUGCUCUUGCUUGUAAUGCUUCAGACAAGAUCAUAGAGCCCAUCCAGUCCCGCUGCGCAGUCCUCCGCUACACGAAGCUGACCGACGCCCAGGUUCUUGCGCGGCUAAUGACCGUUAUCGAGAAGGAGAACGUGCACUACGCUGACGACGGCCUGGAGGCCAUCAUCUUCACCGCCCAGGGAGACAUGAGGCAGGCAUUGAACAACUUGCAGUCGACCUUCUCGGGAUUCGGCUUCAUUAACAGUGAGAAUGUGUUCAAGGUCUGCGAUGAGCCCCACCCCUUGCUGGUGAAGGAGAUGAUCCAGCAUUGCGUGAAUGCCAAUAUUGACGAAGCCUACAAGAUCCUCGCUCACCUGUGGCAUCUGGGCUACUCACCAGAAGACAUCAUUGGGAACAUUUUCCGAGUGUGUAAAACCUUCCAAAUGGCAGAAUACUUGAAGCUGGAGUUUAUUAAGGAGAUCGGCUACACUCAUAUGAGCAUAGCAGAAGGCGUGAACUCCCUGCUGCAGCUGGCGGGGCUGCUGGCCCGGCUGUGUCAGAAGACCAUGGCCCCGGUGGCCAGUUAGAGCGGAGAACUCACUGACUGGGCUACGAGAGUCGU